AUGGCCACGACGCUCCUGCACACCCCCUCCCGCGCCUCCUCCAACGGCUCCUCCCACGUCCCCCUCACGCGGCAGAACACGAUGAGCUCGCAGGACGGGACGCGCUCGAUGCGCGCGUCGAAGCGGUAUUCCGUGACGGCGCUGUAUUUGUCGAUGAAUGCGAAUCAGCGGGAUUUGGAGAUUGAGGAUGAUUUGGCUAGAGCUCAGAAAGCGCUUCGAGACUUGAAGGCUAGGAUAUCGUCGCAGUCGAAGAAGAACUUUGUGCUUGAGAAGGAUGUGAGAUAUCUUGAUUCGCGGAUAGCGCUGCUGGUGCAGAAUCGGAUGGCUUUGGAAGAGAGAGACGAAGUCGCAAGCCACCUGGAAGAUCCAUCAGAUCUCUCCGAAGGAUCGUUCCCGAACGACGAGAAGACACAGAAGUACGGCAAUCUGCUGUUCUUACUGCAAAGCGAACCGCGACACAUUGCACAUCUCUGCCGGCUGGUCACCAUGGCCGAGAUCGAUCAGCUACUACAGACAGUCAUGUUCACGAUUUACGGCAAUCAAUACGAGAGCCGAGAAGAGCACUUGCUACUGACGAUGUUCCAGUCCGUCUUAACGUGGCAAUUCGACAACACACCCGACUACUCUUCCCUACUCCGGGCAAACACCCCAGUAUCACGAAUGAUGACCACCUACACGCGGCGAGGGCCCGGACAGAGCUACCUCAAGACCGUGCUUGCGGACCGGAUCAACUCGCUGAUCGAGAUUAAGGACCUCGAUCUGGAGAUCAACCCUCUGAAGGUGUACGAAACCAUGAUCGAUAAGAUCGAAUCAGGCGGCAAAGACCUUCCAGCAGGGCUCACGAAAGGCAUCACGGCAGAACAAGCGGCGGCGAACGAGAACGUCCAGCGGAUCAUUGCACCACGGAUAGACAUGCUGAUUGAGAUUGCCAACUCAUUCUUGGACACCAUUAUUGAUGGACUGGAGGAAACACCGUACGGCAUCCGAUGGAUAUGCAAGCAGAUCCGAAGUCUUACGAGGCGAAAAUACCCAGAUGCGCAGGAACAGACCAUUUGCACACUCAUUGGCGGCUUCUUCUUCCUGCGCUUCAUCAACCCGGCCAUUGUGACACCCCGGUCAUAUAUGCUCAUCGAGCAGACACCGUCAGAGAACCCGAAGCGGACAUUGACCUAUGUGGCGAAGAUGCUGCAGAAUCUUGCCAACAAGCCCAGCUAUGCGAAGGAGCCAUACAUGGUCCGGCUUCAACCAUUCAUCCAGCAGAACAAGGAGCGCAUCAACAAGUUUAUGAUGGAUCUUUGUGAGGUGCAGGACUUCUAUGAAACACUGGAGAUGGACAACUACGUAGCGUUGUCGAAGCGGGACCUGGAGCUGUCAAUCACGCUCAACGAAGUCUACUCUACCCACACCCUGCUUGAGAAGCACAACAAAGAACUCGCAAAGGACGAGAGCUCACAUCUCAGCCAACUACUAACAGAACUCGGACCAGCGCCACCACAGCUACCGCGAAAGGAGAACCGGCAGAUCAACCUCCCCCUCUUCAGCAAAUGGGAGACCUCCCUCGACGACGUGACCUCCGCCCUGGACAUCACGCAAGAAGAAGUCUACUUUAUGGAAGCCAAAGCGACCUUCGUCAUCAUCAUGCGCUCCCUCCCCGGCAACUCGGUCGUCACCCGGCGGCCACUCCGCCUCGACCGCGUCGCCGAAGCCGCCGCCACCACCAAAAACGACUCCGUCAUGGUCCGCAAAGGCAUCCGCGCGAUGGAGCUCCUCAACCAGCUCCAAGAACUCGGCAUCAUCGACCGCGAAGACCACUUCGCCCUGCUCCGCGACGAAGUCGAGCAGGAGCUGGUCCACCUCGGGUCCCUCAAAGAGAAAGUUUUGGCAGAGACGGACAAGCUCGACGAAGUCUACCGCACGAUCCGCGACCACAACACCUACCUCGUCGGGCAGCUGGAAACCUACAAAUCCUACCUGCACAACGUGCGCGGGCAAAGCGAAGGCACGAACAAACGCGGCCAGAACACGAACAAAGUCCUCGGGCCGUACAAAUUCACGCACCAAGAGCUCGAAAAACAAGGCGUGAUUCAGAAAUCCAACGUCCCCGAAAACCGACGCGCCAACAUCUACUUCAACAUCACCAGCCCGUCGCCGGGGACUUUUGUCAUCAGUUUGCAUUACAAAGGCAGGAAUCGGGGUUUGCUGGAACUGGAUUUGAAGCUGGACGAUUUGCUCGAGAUGCAGAAGGAGCAGCAGGAGGAUUUGGAUUUGGAGUAUGUGCAGUUCAAUGUUAGUAAAGUGUUGGGACUGUUGAAUAAGCGGUUUGCGCGGAAGGGGCGGUGGUAA